GUAACAGAAAUUAUUGAAGAUGAUGAGGAAGCCCCAGAAAAUGAAACUUUUGGCAAAGGAAGGUUACAACCUACUAAAGCCAUAAUUAUUCAUGGCGAACAAUUGAAGCAAAUCAGUGGCAGCACACUAAAAGAGAUUGUCAGUCAUUACCAGCAGGUCGUUUUCGCCCGAACAUCGCCAGCACAAAAGCUCCAAAUUGUUGAAGCCUACCAGCUCACGAACAACGUCGUGGGUGUGACAGGUGAUGGUGUAAAUGAUGCACCGGCGCUACGAAAGGCAGAUAUAGGGAUUGCAAUGGGUAUCGCGGGAACAGAUGUUUCAAAGCAGGCAGCCGACAUGAUUCUUCUCAACGAUAACUUUGCUUCCAUCGUCACCGGUGUUGAAGAGGGACGGCUAAUAUUUGAUAAUCUGAAAAAGAGCAUUGCUUACACACUGACAUCGAAUAUUCCAGAAAUUGCGCCAUUCAUGUGCUACGUAUUAUUGGGUAUCCCUCUUCCUUUGUCACUUGUCGCGAUCUUGAUGAUAGAUCUAGGAACGGACUUGUGGCCAGCUAUUUCUCUUGCGUAUGAGGUUUUCCUAGAAACAGAUAGUCGAUCGCAAAGACCGCCGAGAAAUCCCGAAUAUGACAGGCUUGUCAACAUCAGACUGGUUCUGUUUUCCUAUUUACAAGUGGGUGUUUUCCAAAUGUACGCUGGUUUUGUCACGUACUUCGCGAUAAUGAUGGCACACGGAUGGAAACCUUUUCAUUUGAUAAAUCAACGUGAGCUGUGGGACUGCGAAACGCUGAAUGACUUAGAGGACAGCUACGGUCAGCAGUGGACAUACGCUGCCAGGAAGGGUCUGGAAGCAAGUUGCCACAGUGGUUAUUUCUUUGCCGUAGUCGCACUUCCAGUGGUCGCGACUGCCUUGAACUCCAAAAACGGGGAAGAAAUUCAAAUUGUGAUGCAGGGCAACCGAGAGAACCAAGUUCUUAACACAUCUCUACUGUUCACCACUUUUAUGGCUAUGUUUAUAACUGUCACUCCAUAUGUAACCGAGGUUUUAAAAUUAAAUGGCAUACGGUUGGAAGAUGCGAUGAUCUCUGUCUACUACGCGUUUGUGAUGUUUGUAUAUGAUGAGUGCCGGAGAUGGUAUCUACGAAAAUAUCCAACAGGAUUCAUAUAUAGAGAAACCUAUUUCUAA